UGUUUACGUGUUGUGUUGGGUAUUGUGAAGUAAUGGAUCUAACGUGCGCUGAAUCGACAAAUAAAUGCAUACGAGCUGUCAAAGAUAGGGUCAUUUUUAAGGACGAGCGAGUUAUAAACAAUUUGUUAAACGAAGAAAUUUUCUAUGUUCCUAAUUGUGAUUAUUUUACAACCGUACAAAAUGACAUCCAACCGUUCAUGAGGAAGGUCGUAACGACAUGGAUGUUGGAGGUGUGUGAGGAACAAAGAUGUGAAGAACAAAUACUGCCACUGGCUGUGAAUUUAAUGGACAGAUUUUUGUGCACAUGUAAAAUCAAGAGGCAGCACCUUCAACUCUUAGGGGCCACCUGCCUUCUUAUAGCAUCAAAACUUAGGAGUACGAAUUUCUUACCAAUUGAUCUUCUGUGCGCUUAUACAGACUAUAGUGUUACUUAUGACCUGGUGGCGAACUGGGAACAACUAGUCCUUUCAAAACUUCAGUACAAACUCUCGGCUAUUACUGGAUACGACUACAUUGAUCAUGUAAUCGAGAGGUGUUCGUGGAGUCAAAAUCAUGAACUCUUGAGGCGGCACGCUCACACAUUAGUCAGUAUUUGCUCGACUGAGCCAUCUUUAAUUCAAACACUACCUUCACUAAUCGCAGCAGCCUGUCUAAGCUCAGCAGUACGAGGACUAAAGCUUUCCUGCCAAAGUAUCGCAGUGGACGAGAUCUGCAGCAUGUUAAAUGUUGACGUAACAAAAAUUGAUCUUUAUAUCAAUGUGGUCGAUUCUGUUGUCGAAAGGGUGGCCAAUCCUGAAGGUGCCGAAAAAAAAACGAAAGAACCAGCAAAAAAACCAGCUGGUUAUGAAAGUCCUACUUACGGGCAACCGGAGACACCUACUGAAGUUGAAAAUGUGUAUUUUUGAUCUUGACUGGUCAGUUGUAUGGAACUCAAACGAGUCAAUUGUAAAACGCUUAUGUAUAUUUUAAGUUGACGGAAUUAGUGUACUAAAAUAUAUAAAUUUUAACGCUUCUUUUAGAAUUGUAAGUAUUACAGUCCGAGUUUAUCAAUGCAGACGCUUAAACAUUAGUUUACUUAUAGUACAAUAGUUAUCAGGUUUUUAAAUUAUCCGGAGACCCUCGUGGUGUUUUGGGUCAAACAGAACUGAAGAAAUGCAAGGAUUUCUGAUCUUUAUACUUACCACUAUAGCUAGUUUGUUAGCGCUAAUAGUUUUGGCUUAAAAGCAUAUUUUUUUUACGAAUUUGCUCAAGUACUACAGACAUGAUCUUUUCAGUAAAUAGAUUGUAUUCAAAGUCAAUUACAACAACUUCUAAAAAUAUCGCGAUUGGUUAUUUUUUUUUUAAGAUUGCCCUAAAAAAACAUCGAUAUCUUAACGUUGGAAAGAUUUAUUCCAGGUUGUUUUAAUUUCUUUCUAAAUAUAAUAUAUUAUAGCACUACUGUCUGUUAUAGUUUAUUUAAAGAUUAUUUUAUGCAUUGGAUUAAAUUGCUUUUUAGAAUAAUAUGCAGUACUCCACAAAAGUCUGGGCACAUCUGAGAGAUUUAAGAUAUUUCAUGCAAUAUUUAAUUCGUUACAGAAAACACAAGAAAUAUAAUUCAAAAUAAUUUUAUUGUAAUUUAAAAAAUAAAAAAAUACGACCAGAUAGUUUGGGAACAAAAUACAAAUUUAUGACACAAGGACAUUUGUUUUGGUCUUUGUCAAUUUUUGUAUAUAUGUGCAGCCUGUGGUCUUCAGUAAUUUUAGUCUAGAACCAAUAAAUUUGUCUUUGAGCACUUUUCAAAAACUACUCUCAGUUAACACUGCAGAGUAGUUUCACACAAAGCAGCUUUAUUCUACAUUGACCAGCGUUUCUAAUAAAUUAAGAAUGAAAAUAAGCAUGGACCAAGGGCGAAAUAUUUUAUUUAAAUGUUUUAAAAAAGUUUCAGGUAAUCAAAAAAGAAAUGUAUAGAAUAAAAAGAAACUCCUUACAAUCUUAUACAUAUGUAAUAUAGUAAAGAAAAUCAUUGAUUGGAUUGUUUUUUCACUAGCGUAUUUAUUCUAUAUUUCCAAACUUUUGUAAAAUACUGUGCCUAAUUUGCAUAAUCCAUUUGUUAUUAUUAUUUAAUAUUGUACAUCUAUUACUGAUAGGUUCACUUCAUAUCACACCAGGUUUGUGCAGCCUUUUUUACGAAACCUGUCAAGAUGCACAUAUCAAUAAUAAUUAUCCUAAAAGUAUAUACAUUAUAUAUUACUUUUAAGAAAUUAAUUUUUAAUUAUUUAGAUUUCUAAUUCAAUAUUAAAUUGGCAUUGUUAAAAAUGUUUGUUAUUGCAAAAUCGGCUGAAUUAAACAAAAUAUAAUUUCUGUUAAUGAUGUGCCUUUAAAGUAACCUAGUGCCUUAUUGUUAGUUGUAUAGAUGUUGUUUAAGAUUACAUAUCAUUUUUAAUGUUGUUCCUUUCUGAAUAGAUAGCACAUUUACAAUAAAGUUUAUACCUAGUGACAAUAUUUAGCAAAAAAUAACCAGGUGACCUAUAUGAAACUGAUUUUAAUCACAUGGUUGGCUAACAGGCUUUAAUGUCCACAUUGUGUUCACAUAUAUAAAAUAAAAAUUUUAAACUCUACUAUAGCUUACACUUUAAAUUAGUUAACCAUAAACUCCAAUUGUUUUAAAUCUAUCUAUGUAAUUUGUAAAUAACUUGUAUACCUUAUAUAACCUACCAUUCUACCGACUUUGAUAAUAGAUACAAAAAAGUAGCUACUAUCCACCCAAGGGUUCUAAACAGACCGAAUACUAAAAAAUGUUUAUGUAUAAAUAUUUUUUCAAAUAUUCGUUUAGUUUAACCUAGUUACUCGCUGUGAUCAUAUUUUUAGCUUAAGUUUAUAACGUAGUUUAAAUUUUCCCAGGUGCAUGUAAAAUGCAAAUUAAAAUUGUUUCCUGUAAAUUGGAGCAUGUAAUGUUUUGGUUAAUUUGAACUGAAAAAUUUGUCAGAAGUUGACUAUUUAUGUUUUAUAUAGUUUCUUUGUUAUCUAGUCUUUAGUUAGUUUUGUAUUUUUUAUAUUUGGAUUUUUUUUGUAUAAUAUAGUCUCUGUACUCUUACGUUAAUUGUAAGGUGUGUUACUUAUAUAAGAGUUUUUAAGUAAUAUAAUUCAGAUUUCAAUGUUUACAUGUUAACGUUUUAUAUUGCUUGAAAAGUAACGAAAGUAAUUUAUUUUUAUAAUAAAAAUAAGCGAAA